AUGAAGAGGCUCCCUCCCGUGCACGCGCUCGUGACGCACCCGCCGACGAGCACGCGGCGGUUCUUCCUCAGCGCGUUGUACCGCGGCGUCACCGCGCCGAUGUACCGCGUGCGAAUGAUCGACUUCUUUCUCAUGGACCAGGUCGUCUCACAGACGACGGCGCUGCGUGAUUUCUUCGGCGUGUUUCUCCUGUGCUUUGGGGGCGACGGCGCGAAGUGGGCGUUCGCGCGAGCGGGCGUCGUCGCGAUCGUGCCGUCGUACUUGCGCUUCGCGCAGUGCCUCAGGAGGUACAGAGACGAAGGGCACUUCGUGCAAGUGUUGAACGCGGGUAAGUAUUUCGCGGGCGCGACGGCGGUGUCGUUGGGGCUGCUGUCCCGGGUCGUCGAGGACGACGCCGGCGUCGUCGGCGGGGACUGGACCGUGGACGACGCGAAAGGGUGGCGGCACGCGUUCAACGUGUUCACGCUGAUAGCCAUCGCGUACGCGAUGUCCUGGGACUUUCUUCAGGAUUGGUCCGUAGCGACCGCGCUGAGCCGCCGCCUGAUGCUCUCGAAGCGUUGGAAGUACUGGCUCGCGAUCGCGGUGAACGCGGCGUUGCGAAACGUCUGGAUCCUCGCCUCGGUGCCGCUCGAUUCGAGAGGGUCCGCGGCGUCCGCGCUCGGCGCGGAAGCGUGGAUCACCCUCUUCGCCGUCCUCGAAGUCUCCAGACGCGGGAUGUGGAACUACUUCCGCGUGGAGAACGAGCACACGACGAACUGCGGUCAGUACCGCGCGACGCUGGAGGUGCCGCUACCGUACGCGGACGACGAGCUCACGGACGACGAGCGCGACGACGACGAU